AUGGAUCCUAACGGACCACAACUUUUUGGAGAAGACAUUAUGAAACUAAUCAAAAAUAAUGUUCCGUCUGGAGUUCCAUAUUCUAAUUGCCGGGUUGGUAUCAUGCUCGAGUCGGAUGAAACUUCUGAGGCUAUCGAACUUUCUUUCAAACCUUUGAAAAAACUUUCCUCGGAAGAUAUAGUUCAAAGCAUGGAAGAAAUGUCUCAAUGGAAGAAAUGUCUCAACCUUCCGUCUGGCAAUAGAAGAAAAACAAGUUCGACAAGGCCAGGCUUCUCGAUCAGAUGGCAUUUGGGAAAGAGUCGAAAACAGUCGAAAACUAGCGAAGAAAGAGGAGUUGCACAACGAGUGGCAGAAACUGGACAGGUGCAAGAACCAGUAAAUACCUCAACUCGAGCAGGAAAACUUACACACGGACAAACUAAUUUCCAGACAAAAUGUUUCGAUCCGUGUAUCCCUGGUUCUUUUUUAUUUAAAUGCCGUAGCAACUACAACGCCAACGCGAAGCCAAAUAUCGACCCGAAGACUUCUCCACCCGAGACAACUACAAUUGCUGUUGAAACUACAGAAUCCCUGAUCACCACAUCAACUACUGGAAGCAGCAACACCAAGACUAUCAUCGUCACUUGUUGUAUCAUCGGAGUCGUGAUCCUUCUCUGCGUCGGAAUCGCCGUGUUCUAUUUCCGUCGGAAGAAGGCGUCUUCUGGUACGAAAGAUAUCAAUUCAGUCGAGUCGAAUAGCAAAACGAAUAAGAAGAAUAAGAAGGAUGCACAAUUUGCCAGAUAUUAG